UGGUACAAUUGGUUCCGCCCAGCACGGUAGGAAGAAGCUAUGACGCCAACCUACCUAGUCCAACAUGGAUGGAUCCAUCAAGCAGAUCCACCUUCAACUUUCUCAGGCAAAAGGUCUACCUCACAUUCUCUUCAUAGCAGCUAGACAAAGACCUCCAGAUGUCUCUCAGUUUGUCUUCUGCCGCCAUCUGCAAUCGCUGCCUCUGUCAACAAGCUGCGCGUCGAUUCCUAACCGCGCACGGACGCCGUUCCUUGAGCUUCGUCCCAUACAAUGCCGACACUCUGAGUCCGCAAGCAAAAUCUACCCGACCAAGAAGACGAGCGCAGACCACGAAUGGCGUCCUGCCCGCACGAAGAUUCUCACGUCGCUCUGCACUACGAGAAGAUGGGGUACCUUCACCGCAAUCACUACCGCAAUCGCAAUCACCAGCGCGGCCAUUACCGACCGAGUACCGCUCCGAGGGCUUCGUGCACCUGCACCACCGCCGCUUGAUAUCGAUAACUGGACGAGACACGGCGAAGUUCCUCCAGGGUCUCGUCACUGCGAAUAUAAAGCCCGAGGGCUUGUUUGAGCAUGGCUUAGUGUAUACUGCGUUCCUGAACGCGCAGGGAAGGUUGUUGGCAGAUGUGCUACUGCACCCAUGGCCGAAUGACGACGGUCUUGGUGAGACACUUGCUCAGAAGAGAGGGGACGGAGCAAGUGUCUUUGUGGAAGUAGAUGAUGCAAGCUUUGAGACGCUGCUCAAGCACCUGAGAAGGCAUAAGCUGCGCAGCAAAAUCAAUAUCGAACCCGUCAACCCGGACGACGUCGCAGUCUACCAUAUGUGGUCGCCCACUCCCCCAGAAUCCACACACCAACCAUCCACAUCCACAUCCAUAUCCACAUCCCCAGACCCACGCUUCGCAGCUCCAGGACCGUCAAAUCACAGGUGUCUCCGCCGCCGUCCAGACGGCCAAGACGAACAAACAGCAACAGUAGCAGACUACACCCUCCACCGCUACAUCCACGGCAUCCCCGAAGGCCCGACCGAAAUCCCGCCUUCCGCAGCCCUCCCGCUCGAAUCGAACAUCGACCUCCUCGCCGGCAUCGACUUCCACAAGGGCUGCUACGUCGGCCAAGAACUCACCAUCCGCACAAAGCACACCGGCGUCGUGCGCAAGCGCAUCCUCCCCGUCCUGCUCAGCCGAAGUAUAGAGUCUGCGCCUAUAGAUGUAGACACUCUACCCAGGCGCUAUACGAGUCACCUCCCCAGUCUCGAUAUCAAUCCGAGUAGUCAAGAUGGCGGCCGCAACAUCCUCGCCGCGCCCAAGGCAGACGCCAAGCGACGGGGCCGGCCGACGGGGAAACUGCUAGGUGCCGUUGGGAAUAUUGGAUUGGCGCUGUGUCGGCUGGAGAAGAUGACGGAUCUGCAGGUCAGUGCGGAGGCAGCGGAGGAGCUGAUGACGGAGCCGGUGACGCAGCUUGCGGACGAGGAGGAUGUGCUUGGGGGGCCGGUGUAUGUCAAGGCUGUGGUGCCGCGUUAUGUCAGGCAGGGUAUUGAGGAUGCUAAGUCGCGGAAACAGAGGAAGAGCGAGGACGUGUGUGAAGAGGAUGAUGAAGAUGGCAAUUGAUAUUACACUCUCUGCGGGCGAUGUCUAGAGUUGGGGUAUUCUAUAACCAGUAGCCUCUCUGCGCUCUUCGCCAAAGUGGUAUCAAAACUGUUC